UCAGGAUUUAUUUUCAAGCAUCUUUUCUUUGGGGACGCGAACGCUCCUUGUCCGCUGCAACUUGAACCGGCGGCCCGCGCUUACCGCAUGGACAAACACACGCCAAGCAGACCAUUAUAGAGCGAGUUGUAGGCAGAUACGUUCGCAAAGACCGCAUUGCCUCUUGGUUUUGUCUCAACCAUUUUGAAUCUUUGAUUUUCUGCUCGGACGCAGGUGCAAGUCUGCGCAACGGUGGGGUCUUCUCAGCUGCUCUUGUCUGACCCAAAAGGCAGCUUAAGAGAUAGAAAUCUACCUACAUUAGGCCUAUUGGCAUGUAUGUGCACCCCGAGCUUCUUUUCUACCCAGACGGCCAGGGCGAGGUUGUGUAUAGAUCUUGCUUUCGAGGUCCUCGGCUAGCAGCUCACUGACACCAAGGGUUGUCGAUGAUGUAGUUACCAUACAUACCAAGCCCUCCCAGCCUACACCAUGAUUCCGACUCUCCGACCACGGAGAUGGGUCUGCCCCAGCUGUCUCGGCGCGUCCCCCGUAAGCAGUCUGCCGGUUGGCGGCCAGCGGCGGCGGUGGCUUGGCUACUCGACGCUUGCCCCGACCAGCAAGAUGAGGCCUGUCACCCAUGCAAAAGGCGGGUCAAAGCACGACGACGACGAUCUGUUGCGCGGUAUAUUCGACUCGCCCCGGGUCUGGGACCAGUUCAAAACGCGUGCCGCCGGCGCCGCGAAUACCGGUCUCUUCAGAAAUGCCUUCCUCACGCGGCCCGAGGGAUUUCUCUCCUUCGCCCGGGUGAGCGUCGACAGGGCUCGAGCUAUCGUGGACAAGGUGUUGGCAGCGUCAACCCCGGACGAGUACCGCAGCAUUGUCCGGGACCUGGACCGCCUAAGCGACAUUCUUUGCCGGGUGCUGGACAUGACGGAUUUUGUGCGGGUCACACAUCCGGCACACCAGACGCAGCAGAAGGCCAACGAGGCAUGGCAGAUGGUUUUUGAAUACAUGAACCAGCUAAACACCAUGACUGGGCUGCACACCCAACUAUGCAAGGCCAUGGGCGACCCCGAAAUUACUGCUUCGUGGUCCAACGAAGAGAAGGCGGUGGCAGAGGUACUGAAGCUGGACUUUGUAAAGUCGGGCGUCAACCUGCCCCAGUCGGACCGCGACAGGUUUGUCGCGCUCUCGUCCGAGAUCAGCAUGGUGGCGUCCAACUUUGUCCAAGACAUGGCCCCUGACCAGACCGUCAUUGUCCGCCCAAGCAGCCUGUUAGUGGGCAUGGACCCGGUUGAGGCGCGGCUUUUGACCCAACGCGGAAAGGUACACAUGCCCACCAUGGGCUCCCGACCCGCCAGGGCGCUGCGCACCGUCCGGGACGCAUCGACCCGGAUGCUGAUUUACAAUGCUACCCGCACCGCGUCGGCCGCCUCGGUAGCCCGGCUCGAGCGGUUGAUGAAUCUCCGGGCCAAACUGGCAAGCCUCUCGGGCUUUGAGAGCUACGCCCACUUCACCCUCCGUGACCGCAUGAUGGCCAAAACCCCCGAAUCCGUCACUCGCUUUCUCGGAGCCCUGGCCAAAACCAACGGACCCAGGGUGGACGACGAGAUGGCGGCUCUUCUGGCGGUCAAGAAGAUCACCCAGCCAGAUGCCACCACGCUCGAGCCCUGGGACAGGGACUUUUAUGCCGAGUCCAUCCGCCGUUCGUUGAUGGUAUUCCAGCGCCCCGACGACUCUCUGUCGGCGUACUUUUCCCUGGGCUCGGUCAUGCAGGGCUUGUCUAGGUUAUUCAGUCGUCUGUACGGCAUAAGCUUCCGGCCGACCGAGACUUCCCCAGGCGAGACUUGGCAUUCCGAUGUCCGCCGUCUCGAUGUCUUUUCCGAGACCGAUGGGCAUGUUGCGGUCCUCUACUGCGAUCUAUUCUAUCGUCCCGACAAGUCGCCAAACCCAGCCCAUUUCACUCUCCGGUGCUCGCGCGAGAUACUCGAGGGCGAACUGGCCGAGGUCGACGCGCAGACCAGAGAGGCCGAAGUCAUGCCUCAGUUCUCGUCUCGCGAGGAGGCCGCUAACGACGGGAUGGCCUUUUCCACGCAGACCGGCACAGUCAAGCAGCUUCCCACCAUUGCCCUUAUUUGUGACUUCCCGCAGACUGCGUCGGCCAGCAACCGGCCCGCGCUCUUGUCCUUCUUCCAGGUGGAGACGCUCUUCCACGAGAUGGGACAUGCCAUCCACUCCAUUCUGGCCCGGACUUCAUUCCAGAACGUGUCAGGGACAAGGUGCGCCACGGAUUUGGCAGAGUUGCCGUCCACCUUGAUGGAGUACUUUUCGACGGACCCCAGCGUGCUGGCUCUGUUUGCGCGCCACCACGAGACUGGCAGCGCUCUUCCUUACGACCUAGUUGCGGAGAAACUCCGCCUCUCCAAGAGGUUUGAGGCAUCCGACACCGAACACCAGAUCAUCCUCGCCAUGCUAGACCAAGAGCUCCACUCCUCAAAGGCCAAGGAUCACUUGUUCGACUCUACUGCAGUGUUCCACGAGGUCCAGCGCACAUAUGGAAGGAUGGCCCCAGAUCCUCCCGGCACGCGGUGGCAAGGCUUCUUUGGGCACCUGUCGGGUUACGGGAGCACAUAUUACAGCUACCUGUUUGACCGGAUGCUGGCCCGGCGCGUGUGGGAUGUGGUGUUCGCUUCGGGCGAGAAAGGCGGGGCGCUGAAUUUCACGAACGGCGAGCGGCUGAAAGAGAGCCUCUUGAAAUGGGGCGGAAGUCGUGACCCGUGGAUAUGUAUGGCCGAGCUGCUCAGAGACGACAGGCUGGCGGAUGGCGGAGAGGAAGCGAUGGCUCUGGUGGGAAGCUGGGGGUCCAGCGGCCGGUCCAGCAGGUAGGGUCAUGUUGUUAUAUAUGUAUACGUAGUGUAUGAGCACAUGGAAGUGAUGUAUAUUAGGGAACCACUUCAGUGUAGACUACCUAAGCCCACAGUUGCAUUCAGCAGCGCAAUAUCCAUAGCCCCGUGCCGGACCUGCCAACACUUUGCAAUAGAUCUUCUUGAUCUGAGCUCGAAGAUGGGGGUCUCAGAUUCCAUCCACUA